AUGGCUUCAGAUUUCCCAGACACCUACGACUAUAUUGUGUGUGGGGGUGGUACUGCCGGGUGUGUGGUUGCUGCUCGACUUGCGGAAAAUCCCGAGAUCAGGGUGCUUCUCCUCGAGGCGGGACAGCACAAUAAAGAUCUGGAAAAUGUUCAUAUGGCAGGCGGAUGGUCAAACAACUUCGACGCGGAGACGGACUGGAAUUUCAUCACUCCUCCAAUGGCUGGCGUCGACCAUCGCCAAGUGAAAUUGAGCCGUGGGCGAUUUCUUGGAGGAUGUAGUGGCUGCAAUGGCACACUAUGCAUUCGUGGUUGCAAACAAGACUAUGACGAUUGGGAUCUUGAGGGCUGGAGCGGCGAUGAAUUCUUCAGAUAUAUGCGCAAGGCCGAAACAUUCCAUCCGAAACCAUGGUUUCAAGCCGACAAGGAAAGCCAUGGAUAUUCUGGACCCCUUCAUACGGAACCGCAUGAUCUUGCGCCCAUCUCACAGCUACUGAUUGACUCGUUCGUCUCAGAAGGAUUGCCAUUGCACCAUGACAUGUUUAGCACCGGUGAUGUUCCGCACGGAUGUGGCCAUGUGCCUCGUACUGUGUACGAGGGAAUUCGGACAACCGGUGCUGAUUUUGUUACCAAAAAGAAUCAUCGCCGAAACAUCUUCAUUAAGACAGACACCACUGUGGACAAAAUUGUUUUCACAGGCCAGGAUGACCAGAUCCGUGCAUCAGGUGUUGCAACUAAGUCUGCGGACGGCAAAUUAGAAACUUAUAAUGCCUUGAAAGAGAUUAUCAUCGCCAGCGGAGCGUAUUGCAGCCCUGCAAUUCUUCUUCGUUCGGGUAUUGGACCAAGAGAUGAAUUAGAAAAACAGAAUAUCACUUGCACAGUGAAUUUACCGGGUGUAGGGAAGAACCUAAUGGAUCAUUUGAUUGUCUUCAUUUUUUAUGAGACCGAAAAAGCAGGAUUAACAACCGAUUACAAUGUUUAUCAUGGCGAUAACUUUGAUAAGACGUACGCAGAAUGGAAGGAAAAGAAAACCGGAUUCCUGUCAACUUUCCCAUUCGGGGCAUUCGCCUUCGCCCGAAUGGACGAGCGGUUGAAAGACGAACCAUUGUGGAAGAAUGCGCCUCGUCAACUUGGGCGAGACCCAAUGGGUCUGACCCCAAAGCAACCCAACGUCGAGUUUUUCACAACAGAGUGCUAUGGAGGACCGAAACAGUACGAUCAGUUUCCAAUUGACCAGAAACAUGCCUUCUCGAUAAUAGCAGAGUUAUUUGCGCCUAAGUCGCGAGGCUCUGUCACGCUGAAGUCCUCCAAUCCUAUGGAGAACCCCAUAGUCGAUUGCAACUACCUUGCCGAUCCCAUGGACAUGUUGGUCUUGAGUGAAGCUUGUAGAUUUGGAAAUGAGAUUGUAAUGAAGGGCGCCGGUACGAAGGAUAUCGUCAAGGGUUCUUGGCCUCCAAACUUGAACCACCACACCUACAAGUCCCGAGAAGAGUGGGUUCCGUAUGUCAAGGAACAUGCAACUACCUGCUACCAUGCCGCAGGAACGUGCGCCAUGGGUAAGGAUGAUAAUAAAAUGGCCGUCCUGGAUGAGAAGUUGCAGGUCAGGGGAGUUGCUGGACUCCGGGUGGCUGACUGCAGCGUUAUGCCAACGUUGCAUGGAGGCCAUACUCAAAUGCCAGCAUAUGGAAUCGGAGAGAAAUGUGCCGAUUUGAUUAAGGAGACUUGGCGAAAAUCUGGCAAUAUUUAUAGUCGCAUUUAA